CAGGAGCUCAGCUUCCCUCGGCUGCCUGGCCACUGGAAAUCAGGAGGACAAGCCUGGAUCCUGCAAAUGCACAGGCUCAGAUGGGCUUUUACAACAACUGCUGCAAAGUAACACUUGUCAUUUUGAAUAAAAGGGCAUCACUGUGUGAGUGGAGCUACAUCACAAGGUUUCAAUCUUUCCUUGGAAACUCGCUAAGCACUGGAAGUAGGGCAUAGGGAGGUCCUUAAAGGUCAGAAGAGAGUUUGCAAGCCUUCAGCAGAGCUCAUGGUACAACAGAUCCCUUGAGCAUGUAGUGUCAGAGCAAUUUUUGGAGCAAUAUUUGUGUGUAUGUCAAGCCCACUUCUUCCUAAGAGGAGUCAUGCAUCAAUGCCAAACAAACAAAUCCUUGUAAUAAUCAGCAUUGUCUGCAGUUUUGAAGGACUGAGUAAACUUGGAAUUCUUUCCUCUUGACAGUUAUGGCAAGCAAUACAAAAAAUGCUUCAGUUAGGUCUGGGCUAAAAAUAUUUUUCUUGUUCUAUUGAGAUUUUAAAUAUUGUCUUCACUGUCCUGAAAUAAUUAUCUUUCAGAAUAAGUGGGCAGCAAGAACAUCUUCCUUAUCCCAAAAAAUCCAGUAGUUUGAUAAUUAGGCUAACAACAUAGGGGAAUCCCAGCUUUAAUCACACAAUUUGUACAACAAUCUGACCCUCAACUUCACUACUCAAUAAUGACUUUAAUCAUAAUGCUGGUGUGGGCUGAACUUUUCUGAUUUCUUCUGCAUAAAUGCCACUCUGUACAAAUAAUGUACUUGGGCCAGAAAACUGAAGAGUGACUAGUUGUGAAUGCCCUAUUUUAAGGUAGGGUUGAUGAAGUCUCUACAUUCUGUGAAGAUGAGUUAAUUAUUUCUGUAAAAUAAAAACAUGAGUAUGGUAACUGGAGAGACAGUCUGCAUCAGGGACCUGGAUUUGUUUUUUCCAUUUCCAAACAGAGAGCUCUACCUACUGUAUUGCCCUAUCAGCUAUUUUGGUUUCUCUUCUGAUGAAUUUGCUAUAAAGUGUGCCAAGCUGUAAUAAGAUCUAUUUUGCAAGAGCAGCAAUCCUAACGUGCAAAUAGCAGACUUUUGCCUACUUAAAAUUCUGUUGUAGUUGAGACUGGAUGCACUGUUUUUUAAAACUUCCCUCCAACACCAGUUUAAAGAGUGAAAGGUGUUCUGUGUACCUGUUUUCAUUACAUCUAUAGCAACUUCACAGGAAAUUCUGCAAACAUACAAUUUUAGGAGGGACUCAUUCAUCUUGGGAGUCUUACAAGCACAUGCUCAGCCCCGGCAUGCUCCAUGGCACAGAUCUCCUUUCAGAUGUGCAGUUCAUGCAAGGCAAAGACUGAUUCCCUGUCACAAACUUUUUAGGUAAUCCAUGGGAGAGCCCUGCUGAAAGUUACGGGACCCAGAAGUUCUCAGGCCCAAAAAAAAAAGAAAAAAAAAAAAAAAAAAAAAAAAGGAAAAAAGGCAGGACGUAAAGAAAAGGAUGUCCCCUUCACCCUUCAGUCCGAGUCAGGACUGCAGGGCUGCCUGCGAGCACCACUCACGGCUUCACGGCUCGGCCUCGGUACCCCAAAACAAGGCACCCUUCCACAGGGCAGCCUCGCUGCCACGCACAGUCACCAGGGAUGCCACGGGCCGCGGGGUUACUGCAGGAAACAGGCCAGACGUGCAGCAGCAAGUGACACUGUCCGUGUCCCCGGGCCCGCCCGGGGCUGCUCCCGAGGCUGGCACGGGCCCGCCCUGGCAGGGCCACAGCGCCCAGCGCCGCGGCCUUCCCCGGGCAGGAGCUCCCUGACCAUCUCCCCCAGCUCCGCUGUGCUUGCUCAGUACCGCCCUGUGCGUUCAGACGGAGCCCAGCGGGGCAGAGGAGAGCACACUGCCCGCGCUGUUACUGCUGGGGCUGGGCAGCGAACGGCCGGCAUGAACGGCCAAUGGCGGAGCGGGCGCGGCUACAAGAACGCCGGGCGGCGACAGAGGAGCCCCGGCACCGGAGCCGAGGCCGAGGCGGAGAAAGGGUGGAGCGGCAGCGGUGCCAAGCAGGAGAAAGGGCGGAGCGGCGGCGCUGGCGGUGCCAUGGCGGAGCAGGGGCGGAGCGCUGUGCGGAAGCUGCUGGGGCUGCAGGAGCGGCUGCGCCGUGCCCGCCAGCCCGCCGAGAUUAUAAAAACACUUAAGACACUACAAGGCUUGGAUUUAUCGCUGGAUAUUUUAGUGGAAACUGGCAUAGACAAAACAGUUAAAAGUUUUAGGGAUCAUGCCACUGCUGGGAAUGUAGCUAAAAGUCUGUUAAAGCAAUGGAAAAAGCAUAUUUCUCCAGAAAGUAAAAGUGAUCACAGAGGAAGAAAAAAUAAUGGAAAAGAAAAACAUGAGAUGAAAUCUUAUGUUUCCAAGGAGAUUAAGCCUUUAGAGAAGCCUGAAACAUCUGUACUGGCCAUUAGAAGUUCCAGCAGUGCUCCCAUUGCUGCAAAGCUGAAUAAGGAGCAUAUUUGUAGUGAAAAGACCCAUCAAAGUGCAAAUUCAGAGUCUCCAAAAGAAUGUGAUAAUAAAGUAUAUAGCAGCAGUGGUUCUAAGCAUGCUUCCCAGGGUACCAAUUCUCAAGCUAAAGAAAGCGAGUUCAAAGAGAACACCUCCACAGAGAGCAAGAAAAUUUCAAAAAAGCAGCAUUCCUCUGCAGCCAAUGAAGGUUUAUUGUCCCUGAAAGAAAAGCCUAGUAAGGAUGCUUCCAAACAGAGAAAUCCUAAAUGUGUGAAGAAACCAAAACAAAAUCUUGUCAUGAAAGACCAAGCCAAAUCAUCUAGUGAUGAGGAAUUUGAACCCCCUACUAUGUCUUUUGAAUCUUAUCUUACUUAUGAUGAGGUUACCAACAAAAGAAAGAGAAAAGCUUGUUCUACAGGUGCACAGCCAAAAAAGUGCAGGGAAGAGAAGGACAGCUCAUUACUACAAAAGACUUCAAAACUUUCUCAGGCAAAAGAGGGAGUUGAAGAUGUAAAAAAAUGUGAGCUUGAUGAACCAGAAACUCCGAGUAAAAAGACCAAAGUGGCAUCCCUCCAAGAGCUUCUUAAUACUCCACUACCUAAAACUCUGCCAGGCAUCUCAGAAUCAUCUCCCCCAUAUGCUGCAGAUUUUACAGCGUUCACAGUACCUGUUGUAGAAGCACCCCAGCAAGUCAAUGAGAUAGUUCAAUUCACAGGACAGAGACUGAACUCCAAAAUGCAGGUUUACUCUGGCUCCAAGGCAGUCUGCCUUUCGAAGAUGCUUACACUGUAUGAGCAGUGUGUCCGCAUGCUUCACAACAAUAUUGAGUUGCUACAAGAAGCAGGAGGUGUGCCCUUUGAAAUUCUUGAGCCUGUGCUAACACGUUGCACACCAGAGCAGUUGUUUCAAGUAGAGAAAUGUAAUCUGAAGUUUAUAAAAGAGACUGACCACUUGUGGAAGAAACAUUGCCAAAGAGACUUUAAAAAUGAGAGCCUUCUGGAGUACAAGUCUUGGCGUGAAAUGUACUGGAGACUGUUUAAUCAGAGAGAAGAAAAACUGAAAAUCCUUACAAAAAAUAUUCUUUCAGCUCAGUCUGAGAAACCAAAAGGCAGGCAAGUAAAAAUGGCUUAUGUGACUGGUGCAGCAAAACCACCCAGGAACAUUUGCCGACAGCAAGAAAUCCAUGGGGCAGCAGGACCUGUCAUCCAGCUUCAUCCCACAGCAAAGUGCAAAACAGGGAUUCCAGAAAUGAGAGACAGAAAUAACACAUUAUCAAAUCAGAUAUGUGCUGGCAACAGUAGAAGUUCUAGCUCAGGUGUCAUGAUUCAAGAUGGAAAGAAGCCUACCAAAAAAAUAGCACCAAUUAUGAAGAAAACAUUGAAAGCACUGAGGAGUAGAAUUGGACAAUGAUAAAAUGAGGCUGUGCAUUUGAAGCUUGUUUGAUGUAUGUAUGUAUAUUAUGCUACAGUUAAUGAAAGUAAUGUCCAUGUAAGCACUGUUCAAUUUGCUUUAGUUAAAAUAGUUCUGAAAAAUUGCAUGGGUGAAUAAUUAGCAAUAAAUACUGAAACCUCUGA